AUGGCUGACUCCGGGAAGAUUACCAUCUCGAUCGACCGCGGGGGCACCUUCACUGAUGUUCACGCCAUUGUGCCUGGUCGUUCUGACAUUAUCUUGAAACUCCUCUCAGUUGACCCCGCUCAUUAUCAAGAUGCUCCCACAGAGGGUAUCCGUCAGAUUCUGGAGCUCGCUACUGGCGAGUCACACCCUCGUGGCCAGCCACUAAAGCUCGACCGGAUUGGGUGCCUUCGCAUGGGCACAACAGUAGCAACCAAUGCAUUGCUAGAGCGCAAAGGUGCGCGAUCGGUGCUUUUUACUACCAAGGGGUUUCGUGAUCUACUUAAGAUUGGCGAUCAGUCUCGUCCGGCGAUCUUUGACUUGACCAUGGCACGCCCUGGCGUGCUUCCCGAAGAGGUCGUUGAAGUUAAUGAGAGGGUGGUUCCUUGCCAUCCUGCCGCAGAUAUUGACUGCUUCUCAGAGGCUCGUGUGGUGGAGGGCAUCACUGGCGAGAAAUUCCGUGUGGUGCAAGAAAUGGAUCUUGACCAUGUGCGGUCGGAGUUACAGCGUCUCAAGGCGGCAGGCUACCAAUCUCUCUCCGUGGCCCUAGUGCACUCGUUCGCCUACCCUGAACAUGAACGCCAAAUUGGGGAGAUCGCACAGCAGAUGGGAUUCUCUGUCACACUAUCCUCAAAAUUGCAGCCUAUGAUCAAGAUUGUACCUCGCGGCAUGUCAGCUGCAGCCGACGCCUAUCUCACGCCUGUCAUCAAGACUUAUAUCGAUUCAAUAUCCUCCAGUUUCGAGGGUGGUCUCGAAAAGCAAGAGCAAUGUCGCUUUGAAUUUAUGCAAUCAGAUGGUGGAUUGGUCGAUUUCCGCAAAUUUAGUGGACUAAAGGCCAUUCUGUCUGGCCCCGCUGCUGGAGUCGUUGGUUUCGCUGCCACGAGCUGGGAUUCUGUUGAGAAAACUCCAGUUAUUGGUUUUGACAUGGGCGGUACCUCCACCGAUGUUUCUCGUUUUGAUGGACACCUAGAGCAUGUCUUUGGCUCCAAGGUGGCUGGAAUCCUGAUUCAAUCACCCCAGCUCGAUAUCAACACCGUCGCUGCUGGUGGUGGGUCGAUUCUCACCUGGCGCAAUGGCCUCUUUUAUGUCGGUCCCGAAUCCGCCAGUGCUCAUCCUGGCCCAGCUUGCUACCGCAAAGGAGGACCAUUGACUGUGACGGAUGCCAAUCUGUUCUUGGGCCGGCUGCUCCCCGAGUAUUUCCCUCACAUCUUUGGACCUAACGAGGAUCAGCCCCUUGACUUUGAAGUCACAGCACAAAAGUUCCACGAUCUGACGCAAAAGGUCAAUGUCGAACGUCGCCAGCGUUUCCAGUCAGAGUACACACCGGAGGAUGUCGCGCUCGGUUUCCUCAAGGUCGCUGACGAGUCAAUGGCCCGACCGAUCCGCAACCUCACCGAAGCCCGUGGCUUUGAAACCGCCUCCCACCAUUUGGCCUGCUUUGGUGGAGCGGGAGGUCAGCACGCCUGCUCGGUGGCUGAUUCUUUGGGGAUUUCUCGCAUCAUCGUCCAUAAAUAUUCUUCGAUCCUGUCGGCAUAUGGCUUGGCUUUGGCUGAGGUAGUGAAAGAAUCUCAGGAGCCGGUCUCAACUGAUUACCUCUCCUCGCAUACUACUCUCCUCCAGCGCUUUGACAACAUGGCAUCUGAAGCAACAAAGGAUAUGGAAUCACAAGGCUUCCCCUCUAACCAGGUCCGCCACGAACAAUAUUUGAACAUGCGCUAUGAAGGCUCCGACACUAGCUUGAUGAUUUUGCGCCCCGAGGAAUCAUCCGAUUUUAUGAGCGAAUUCCGGGAACGCCACCGCCGAGAAUUCAAUUUCAACUCAGAGAGACCCGUUCUUGUCGAUGAUAUCCGUGUGCGCACGAUUGCUUCGACCCAAGUCCGCAAAGAGCGCAGUCCUCUACUGCAGAUGAAGGAGACUGAUAUCCAUGACGUGAAAACUGCUCCUGCUAAUACGACUACUGCUUACUUCGAUGGCUACUCCGAGCGUAUCAAAACGCCGGUUUAUCUUUUGGAUCAACUCGAGAAGGGUUCCCGCAUUACUGGUCCUGCAGUCAUCAUCGACAAGACCCAGACCAUUGUUGUCGCCCCCAACGCAGUUGCGCAGCUCCUCGAAACCUGCAUUGUCAUUGACUUGCAGGACAAGGCGAAAGCUUCAACCACGGAAACCCAGGUGACUUCAGAGGUCGACCCCAUCCGCCUCAGCAUCUUUGGCCAUAGAUUCAUGUCCAUUGCGGAGCAGAUGGGCCGGACUUUGCAAAAGACGUCCGUUUCCACAAAUAUCAAGGAGCGCCUGGACUUUUCAUGUGCUCUCUUCUCGCCCGAUGGUGGGCUAGUUGCCAAUGCCCCUCAUGUCCCGGUUCACCUGGGAUCCAUGCAGUUCGCAGUUCGUUACCAGCAUGAGAAAUGGCUGGGCAACCUGAAAGAUGGUGAUGUGCUUGUGGCUAACCAUCCUACAUGUGGCGGAACUCACUUGCCUGAUAUCACUGUUAUCACCCCCGUCUUUGACAGACCUGGUGGAACUGAAAUUAUGUUCUACGUUGCUUCCCGUGGUCACCAUGCCGACAUUGGUGGAAUUCUCCCGGGCUCAAUGCCUCCCAAAUCCACUGAGCUCUGGCAAGAGGGCGCUGCUAUUGAAGGCGACAAAAUUGUCAGCAACGGCGUCCUGGACGAGGCACGUCUUAUUGAAUUGUUGGUGACCAAGCCCGCACAAUACCCCGGAUGUUCAGGCGCGCGCUGCAUUAGCGACAAUCUGUCCGAUCUGAAGGCCCAGAUCGCCGCCAACACCCGCGGCAUCAAUCUUAUCCAAACACUGUUCGCUGAAUAUGGAGUGGAGACCGUCCAAAAGUACAUGUAUGCCAUCCAGGCAACCGCUGAAACAGCCGUGCGCAAUCUCCUCAAGGGUCUAUACCAGAAGUUUGGCGGGCAGCCCUUGGAAGCAGUGGAUUAUAUGGAUGAUGGCACGCCCAUCCGCCUUAAGGUUACCAUCGAUGGAAGCAAUGGCUCAGCCAUCUUCGACUUCGAUGGCACUGGCCCUGAAGUAUAUGGUAGCUGGAAUGCCCCGAUUGCCAUUACCCACUCGGCUAUCAUUUACUGCUUGCGUUGUAUGAUCAACGCAGAUGUCCCACUGAACCAAGGAUGCCUGGCCCCUAUCAACAUCCAAGUUCCCUCACCAAGCAUCUUAUCGCCAACCAGGACCGCCGCCGUUGUCGGAGGCAACGUGGUGACCUCGCAACGCAUCACAGACGUGGUUUUCAAGGCCUUCCAAGCCUGCGCUGCUUCCCAGGGUUGUUGCAACAAUCUUACCUUCGGCACAGACGCCAAGAUCGACCCUUCUAGCGGCGAAGUGAUCAAACCAGGAUUCGGAUACUACGAGACCAUCGCAGGUGGAAGCGGUGCAGGACCAACCUGGAAGGGCGAAUCAGGUAUCCAAGUCCACAUGACGAACACGCGAAUCACAGACCCAGAGAUUCUCGAGAAGCGCUAUCCAACAUUACUCCGGCAGUUCACUCUGCGCAAGGGAUCCGGAGGCCAAGGCAAGAAUCCUGGAGGCGAGGGUGUGAUUCGCGAAAUUGAGUUCCUCUCGCCGAUUCAGUGCUCGAUUCUUUCUGAAAGACGUGUGCACCGUCCUUACGGGCUCGAGGGUGGUGGCGAUGCGCAGACUGGUCUGAACCAGUGGAUAACCAAAGACGGAGAGACGGGCGAGGAACGGCGAAUUAACAUCGGCGGUAAGAAUACCGUUGCUAUGAAGACACAUGAUAGGAUUGUCAUUAUGACUGCUGGUGGUGGUGGAUGGGGAGCCGUUGAGGCUGCUGCUUAA